GAAAGGCAUUCGUUAGUUGUACCGAUAAUUUCCAACCGAUGGCUACGCAGCUCCCUGGGAUGUUGCUAAACAGCUCCGGCCUAACACUCGCCGGUGGCCGGUCACUUAAUUGUCGGAAGAGUCAACCGCCGGCAGCUAUCUCCUCUGCGCUUCCUCCUCCUCUCUCUUCAUCCACAAUUCAGGUUGUUGGUUGGAAAGGUGCUGGAGAGUCUGGCAAUGGGAGUUUAAAACUUGGUAAUGAUUUUGAAGGCUUCCAAGAAGAAUAUGACUGGAAUGAUGUCGAAGCUGAUCUUUAUCAUUGGACAAAGACUUUACGACCAGUUCAGUGGUAUCCUGGUCAUAUUGCAAAAACCGAGAAAGAGCUGAAGGAACAGUUGAAAUUGAUGGAUGUUGUCAUAGAGGUUCGAGAUGCAAGAAUUCCAAUGUCCACAAGUCAUCCACAGAUGGACUCAUGGCUUGGCAACAGAAAGAGAAUUUUGGUUUUGAAUCGAGAGGAUAUGAUAUCAACUGCUGAUCGGAAUGCUUGGGCAACUUAUUAUGCAAAGCAAGGGAUUAGAGUUGUUUUCUCCAAUGGCCAGCUUGGAAUGGGAACACUAAAACUUGGCAGGUUGGCGAAAGCAUUAGCGGGUACUGUGAACAUAAAACGUAGAGAAAAAGGACUACUUCCUCGUCCAGUUCGAGCUGGUGUAGUUGGGUAUCCAAAUGUUGGUAAGUCAUCUCUGGUAAAUCGUUUGCUGAAGCGCCGGAUGUGUCCUGCAGCCCCAAGACCAGGUGUUACCAGAGAGCUGAAGUGGGUCCGUUUUGGGAAAGAUCUAGAGCUACUGGAUUCACCUGGCAUAAUUCCAAUGAGGAUCAGUGAUCAGGCAGCAGCAAUAAAGCUUGCCAUAUGUGAUGAUAUUGGAGAGAGAUCUUAUAAUGCUACAGAUGUUGCAGCCAUUCUUGUACAGAUGCUUUCGAAGCUUCCAACUGUUGGUAAUAAAGCUCUUCGUGACCGCUACAAGAUUGAGACAGAUGGGCGCUGUGGUAGAACAUUUGUUCAGAAGCUCGCUGCUCAGUUAUUUAACUCGGACAAUAACCAAGCAGCAUUUCGUAUCUUGCAAGAUUUCCGGAAAGGGAAAUUUGGUUGGAUAGCACUAGAACAGCCACCCAGGUAGACCAACAUUUCAGACCUUGUUCUGGUGCUUUCAUGUAUGUCAAUUGAAGCUUGUGGAAAAUUCUUGGAAGCUUCUCUGAUCAACAUAGAAGUAUUUAGACUGGGGAAAACCCAGGAAGCUGUUCGCGCCUUUCAUGUGAAUUUUGGGGCGGAUCAGAAAUGCUUGCAAGCUAGAAAUGUAUAUACCGCCGAACCUACUCAAUGAAGCUACAGAUGGUGUAAUUCGUUCUCGAGUUCCAUUAGUGUCAGGCAAGCUAUAUAAGCCAUACAGCAAUGGUGACAUUGGUUCUUAAUCUUGGGUUGCAACUGUUUUCUUCGAACUACUAGAUUAUUAUACGUUGGCUAUAAUUCCUUUGGUUGGAAUUAGCCGAAGUAUUCUAAUUUCUAACUUAUGUCCAGAUAUAAAUUAGACAAUAUUAGACUAAAUUCUAUGUUCAAAUUCUGCAUGUGUGAAACGAAGGACAGAGAAGGUGCAGAAAGGGAAGCAAUUAUCUUGCUGCCAUAUGUAAAAGGUUAUUAUUGUAAUCAAACUUUGUCAAAGAAUGUGUUGUGUCCAUGAUAAAACACAUGCACGCGA